AUGUCCGACCAUGAACAGGCCACAAGAUUGAAUGAAUACUUGAACAAAUAUAUUGAGAUUCGGAAAAGAACUGAAGAGAAAAAGAAGGAAUUAGUGGGUUUACAAAAGAGACGAGAUGCUCUUUUAGAUUUACUUGUUUAUUUAAAAGGUCCCAAUGUCCCUACUAGAGAAGAACUAGAAGGAGAAAGUGCCUUCCCAUUAGUUCUAGGCAAGUCUCAUUCUAAAUUUACAGUUACUUCAAUUGGCAUUUUACCAUCUGAAGAGUGUUUUGCCUUUUACAAUCAGAACUAUAUCUAUCCACCAGGUUAUAAAAUCAAAAGAAAGUAUAACGGACUGACUAAAUCAGAUCCAAAAGUAGUUUAUUAUUGCCAGAUAAGAAAUGAAAAUGGCGAGUGUAUCUUUGAAAUUCGUACAAUUAAUGGUAAAAUCUGGUCUGGUUCCCGUGAAGAAGUCUGGCGGUCAUUUUCUUCUGAGUUUGAGAAGAUGAGCUUUACUAGUCUUGAAAACUUCUUUGGACUUACGCAUGAAUCUAUUCAGACUUUAAUAGAGAGUAUGGGUGAUGUUUCUGUUCUUUCUACUUAUAUUCCUUUCCGGAUUCGAUGUCGUAAAGGCCGUAAGCCCCAAUUCCAUCAAGAUGAGUAA